CCUGCCAGGACUGCCGUGGGCCAUUUAUCCAGAGGAGGCAGACAACACCCCGCUACUCCAGUUUAAGAUGCUGACAGUGGGCAGUGUUUUACUGCUUAUGGUAGCAGCAUCUGUUGCCAACAUAGGCAAGGAUCCUACCCUUGAUUCAGACUGGGAACGCUGGAAGACAAUCUACCAAAAGCAGUACAGCAGUGAGGAGGAAGAGCUUUCCAGGCGCUUGAUCUGGGAAAAAACCCUGAAAAUGGUUACAGUUCAUAACUUGGAAGAGUCAAUGGGAAAGCAUUCAUACACAAUGGCCAUGAAUGGCUUUGCAGACAUGACAUCUGAGGAAGUAACAGCCACAAUGACAGGGCUCAGGGUAUCUGACUCAGAAAUGGAUAACCUUACAGUUGAUUGGCCUCAAGAAAGUAUUCAGGAUCAGACCCCAGACUGCAUUGAUUGGAGGAAGAGUGGUUAUGUCACCAAUGUCAAGAACCAGGGAUCUUGUGGUUCUUGUUGGGCUUUCAGUGCCGUGGGGGCCUUGGAAGGACAACUGAAGAAGAAAACAGGGCGUUUGGUGUCACUUAGUCCCCAGAACCUAGUAGACUGCUCCUGGAAAUAUGGCAACCAUGGUUGCAAUGGAGGCUUAAUGACUAAUGCUUUCAGAUAUGUUAUAAACAACCGUGGCAUUGACUCAGAAACGUCAUACCCAUAUGAAGGUCGGGACAAGAAUUGCCGUUAUAAAACUUCUGGACGGGCUGCCACCUGUGUCAGUUAUAAAAAUAUACCUAAGGGAAGUGAAACUUAUCUUGAAAGAACAGUGGCUUCAGUGGGACCAAUAUCUGUUGGUAUAGAUGCAAGUUUGAGAUCCUUCCACCUAUACCACAGUGGUGUGUACUAUGACUCACAAUGCACGUCUUCACAUAUAAACCAUGCCGUUCUUGUUGUGGGAUAUUGUGUGGACAGAGGUGUGCCAUACUGGCUCAUCAAAAACAGCUGGGGAACCAGAUGGGGUGAUCGAGGUUAUAUCCGGAUGGCAAAAAACAGAGGCAACCUUUGUGGAAUAGCUUCAUUUGCCAGCUAUCCACUGAUGUGAAAAAUAGACUUAAUCCUGGCAGGCAGGAAUGAAGAAUCAAACAUGCUUUAAAAUUAAUUUUGUUCUGAGUUCCCCAAAGAACUGUAGCCUUCAAUAAAUCCUGUCUUGAAUCAUACAAAUUUGAUGGACCCCAAAGGAUCUUUAAAUGCAAGAACAAAAAACUACUGUAAGAAUCACUGCUUGCUAUAAAACUUCAUG